CCUGCCUUGUAAUAAAAGCCCAUCGCCGUCGCCGUUCCCCAGCGACGCUUGUCUCUCUUUUCCUGACCCGCCGCAAUUGCAACAUGCACGCCGUCGCUUUCGCAUUCGCCGCGCUCGCUGCUGCUGCCUCCAGCGCAGCCUCCUCCGUCCCCCUCGCCGCCCGCCAGCUCGACCCGUCCACGUUCCCCGCUGCCUGCCAGUCGACGUGCAACGGCGUCCUCGGCACCAUCAACGCCUGCACAGACGUAGCGUGCAUGUGCACCACGUCGAACGACCAGGCGCUCGCCGCGUGCGUCGACUGCAUCCUCGGCUCCGACGGGACGACGCCCCAGCCGUCGCUCGUCGCCCAGGCGCAGUCCAUCCUCGACAACUUCCAGAACACCUGCGCACAGGGCGGCGCCUCUGUCCCCGCGCUCACCGCCUCCCCCUCCUACCUCUCCGGCACCGCCACCACCGCCCCCGCGCCCUCCUCCCCUUCCAUCACCUUCUCCUCCGCCUCCGCACCCGUCACCCGCACCCCUACCACCCCCACCACGUCGCAGCAAAUCACCUUCGUCGGUUCGAACUCAAACUCCAACGCCCCGGGCACGGGCACGGCCGCGGCGGCGUCCGCCUCGACCACGGAUCCGUUCGCGAAGAGCGGCGCCUCGCGGUCGGGGACAGGGGCGAUUGGGAUGGGGGUGGUGGUUCUUGGGGGGUUGGCUGUCUUGCUUUAGUUAUGGGUCUCCGGGUUUGGUGAGGGGUGAAUGAGUAUUUAUGAGCGACUGUGAUCUGGUACUGAUAUAUCCGUUCGUUCGUUGUAUACCUCCGUCUGGGUGUCUUACAUAUUGCCUGGGUAAUGCACUGUCCUUCCUCGUCACCUCAGGCUCUCGCUGAGAAGAGGGUAAACACGAG